CAAAGUUUUCCAUUCCUUGAAGGCAUGCAAGUCCUCAGUUACAAAGACGGGAGACCGCCGAGGUGGUUGGAUCGCUUGAAUUUUGCAGACCCUGCCGAUAAAAGUGGAAGAAUGAAGUAUCACACACAGAUCCUGCUGUUUGGGUCUCUAAUGACAGCUUUCCAGUGUUUAGACACACACUUUGAGUUGACGAACCCGCGUCCGUCCAUUAAAGUGGGAUCCUGCGUGGAGCUGACCGUCACAUCGACACAGGAGCUCCCUCCGCAGCCUUUCUACUGGUUUUGGACAAAAGACGACAAUAUAAUUCUUAGUUCCGACACGGACCUCUGGCCCGUCCACCAGGACUUUGAGGGCCGCGUGAAAUCUCUGGGCCCGCCACCUUUACAGUGGGACACCGCCGGGACUGCGCUGACCAUCUUAAUGUGCGACAUUGAGAAAAGUGACAGUGGCGAAUACAAGUUUGCAAUCGGGGUUGCUGGGGGGGAGGGCUCACAAAUGGAAGAGUUUUCUACGAGUGUCACAGUGGAAGACAAUCCCUGCCCCAUUUACUUCGCCACAUCUCCGGCUGCCCCGCGGGACAAUUGGUAUGUGGUGCUGUCCUGCACGACAUACAAAACCUGUCCCUCGUACCCAGAAUUUCUGGACAGUGAGCUGCUCUUCCCAAGUGAGGCGAUCAAGCAGUACAUGAAGUCUACCUACAUCAAUUUUAAGGCCAACUGGCAGCAGGACGGCAAGGAGAUCUCGUGUCAGGUGCACAACAACACUGACAAGUACCUGAGGAAGCGUUUGACUCUCAAUAUAAAAUAUAGUACCAGAAACACAAGUUUAAUAUUAUCAAAUGGCACUUCCCCCAUAGAAGGAAAAAACCUGAAUUUACUCUGUACCAGCUACGGAAAUCCCACCCCCACAUUCAAAUGGUCCAAAAACGGCAAAGCGCUCCCAGUAGUGGGCCGCGAGUUGACAAUUUCGUCCGUCACCACCAUGCAGAACGGGAAGUAUAAAUGCCUUGCGACGAACUACUACGGAACUUCGGCGUCCACCCUCGUCAUUGAUGUCAAAUACCCCCCGACGGUUGUGGUGGCGCCUUCCCAGUCCACAUUCAGGCAGGGGGAGGAUAUGACGCUGUUGUGCAAUGUGACAAGAAGCAACCCUAAGCCCAGUCACUUCAAUUGGUACAGAGACAACCAACACGUGGCAUCCAAUCAGGUGUUCACCAUUUCGUCGGUGCAGCCCGAGCACAUGGGAUGGUAUAAGUGCGUGGGCUACAAUGAUGUGGGCCACGGGGAGUCUGAGCUUCUGAUUGAAGUCGAAUACCGGCCGAGGAAUACCGUUGUUUCCAUCGUGGAUUCCAGCAGCCCCUUGGUCAAAGCGGGCGCGUCCGUCAUGUUGCAGUGCACCACUGACGCCAACCCCGUGCCCAACAAGUAUGCCUGGCUGGCAGACAAGUGUGACCACUCGUCAGGGUGUCUGUCGGAGACCAGCGCUGACCGUCUGCUGGUGAGCGACGUGCAGCCGAGCGACCGUACCUGCUACACGUGCAGCCCCACCAACAAAUUGGAUGAUGGUGAAAUCAGUGAACCGCUGUGCAUCCAAGUCCUGGAUGCUCCAAGGAAUCUGUUGCUGUCCAUGACCAGCGUGGUCACUGAAGGGGAUGUGGUCUCCAUGCGCUGCUUGGUGGAAAGCGUCCCGCCCUCCGUCCUCAACUUAACCUGGACAUCCAGCGACCAGUCCGUGCGGCUGGUCGCGAGUUCCCAUGACAACAACACGCUGCUCUACAGUUUCGAGGCCACCUGCGCAGAUGGCGGCAUUUACACUUGCGAGGCCGUCAACAGCCAAGGAAGGCAGAGCGCGCAAAAGACUUUGGAUGUGACAUAUGCUCCCAAAGACGUGACGGUGAUAGCUCACUCGUCUCUGGUGUUGACGGAAAACACGCCAUUGAAGUUGGAGUGCGUGGCCGACGCCAACCCGCCCGUCAAGUUGGUGAUUUGGUGGAAAGCCACGGACUCCACCACCGAGAACUUGGCCGAGAACGGAACCUUGACCAUCGCGGCCCCCACGGCCGCUGACGCCGGCUUCUACGGUUGUACGGUCACCAACAACGUGGGCUCGGCGAGGUCACCUAAAGUGGAGGUCAAGGUUCAGAAAUCGUUGCUGAAGUACAUCAUCCCUCCCGUUUGUGUGCUGCUGUUCGUAGCACUAGUCGUGUUCCUCUACAGGAAGAGGAAAUCCCUGCAGCCAAGACGUCGGGAGAUGAAGGUCUCGAACAAUUACAACGCGGUCCGGGCCAGCAAGCCAAGUUCAAAUAACACGGAUAAGAAAUCCAUUUGCAACGUUCGGCUGCUCUCAGUUAGAAAGGACCCAUCAGUGGCCCUUGUAGUCCAGGAUGAACCCCCCAAGGAUGACACCAUCCCAGAUGCUUCUGUGCUCUCUGAGCAAGUACUAAGAAAAGAUGCAGGAGAUGGCGCACACACCGGACUUGAGCAGCAAUGGUCCAAAGAGACCAGCAAGGGCACCAACAAGGAAGACGCCGGGGAUCGAUGUUACGCGCAGGUACACUUCAAGCACAAGUGCAGCGGCGACGGGGACAGCUUAAAAUUCAGCUUCGCAGUCUGACCUGUUGCUUCAUUCUUUACAGCUGCACCAUUCAAUGUGGCUUAAAAAAAAGUUAAUUUUCCAAUUAUUGUUCAAAUUGUGUUCACAAUAAGGCUAAUAUUAAUAUUAAUUCUGGAUAAUUAUGUAAAAACUAGUUUUGUCCAAAUUUGGUAAAUAAUACAAGCAAAAUGAAGCACAUUAAAAAUGACAAUUUGUCAAUGUCAAGGGGACUUGAACCUCUGCCAAAGCCAAAAUAUGAACAACUCUUUUUAAACUUAAUUAGCCUUAUUAAUCUAUAAAAUACUAAACCCCUGGCCAGUUUCAAUAACCAGCGGUGUCUUGACUUUGAAGUCCAAAUCUUCCCAUGACAUUGGUAAUCCUUGUUUUUAAAUCUCAAAAUAUAAAUCCAUUCCAGCUCACCCCCCUCCCCCCAAAAAAAAACAUCUGUAAAAAAUAUAAGACGCGUUAAUGAGAUGGACUUCUGUUGUGUGCGCCUCGGCCGCUUGGGGGCAGCAUAGAUUAAUAUAAUACACAAAAAAAUUGAUGAGCCGCAACCCAUGGCCAUUAAAUGUCUUUCCAAAGAGGUUCUAGAAUUAAUAUUGUAAUCAUCAUCUGCAUGUCUUGCUACCACCUUUGUUAAAUAAUGUUUUAAGUUUUGUAAUUACACCUACGUCGAUGCUCGUUUUGUGUGUUAGCAUUUAAGACUUUUGUAAUACAGAGCUGUGCGGUAAAUACUAAAUGUAUGUUUUGCAUCAUAUUCUACAGGAAACUUCAAUUUAAGAAUGGCAAUAAAGAGCUCGUACUAAG